AUGGCACCAGACACACUCUCCCUCGCCGGAAAGGUUGCGAUCAUCACCGGCUCCGGCAAAGAGAACGGUAUCGGGGCAGGCAUCGCCUCGGCACUCGCACGCAACGGAGCCAGAGUUGUAAUCAACCACGUCUCCGAUUCAACAGGGCCUCGGGCGGCAAACGUAGUCUCUAGCAUUCGCGAGCGUGGAGGCGAGGCGAUUGUCGUUCAAGCGGACGUAAGCACCCAAGAGGGUACAGCGAGGCUUGUGAAAGAGGCUCUUGCCGCAUUUGGUACAGGCAAGAUCGAUAUCCUUGUGAACAACGCGGCGAUGGGAGCCUUCGGGCCCGCGACCAAGGCCACCAAAGAGGACCUUGACCGGACAUUUGGCGCCAACGUCUACGCACCGUUGUUCAUGAUUCAGGCAGUUGUCCCAGUCAUGCCGCGCGGAGGUCGGGUCAUCAACAUCGGAUCCAUUGCAUCCAAGCUGGGUGUCGCCCCGAUCCCGCUGUACGUGGCUUCCAAAGCAGCGCUCGAUGCCCUCACCUUCGCCAUGGCCAUGGAGUUAGGUCGCGAGUACGGAAUCACCAUCAACACCAUCGCGCCAGGGCCGGUGCCGACGGACGGCAUGCCCAAAGGUCCGAUUGCAGAUGCAAUCCACAACGCUCUCGUGCCGAUGACCAGAGCCGAGGCGCGGGAGGGAACUGUGGAGGAAAUCGCCGAUGCUGUUCUGCUUAUUGCUUCUGAGAGGAGCAGAUGGAUCACCGGCCAGUAUAUCUCGGUCAGCGGCGGUGUUACAGGUGGAUAG